CUUCCCGAAGGAGGACGCGGUCGCUAACUUUGCCAACCAUGUUUGCCGCCGUCUACCGCGAUCGUCUGGAUUGAAAGAGUGUCUGCGACCUGAGCGUGGGAUUGCACGGGGUGCGGGUUGAGUGUAGAAAGAUCAGUUGCCCAAGGUUCGUGUGUGGCGCGGGAGCGGUUUGCGAUGGUGAAAGGCCCGGCGACUUGGUGCAGCACUGUAGGCAUGCGUGAGGAUGACGGUAGCUCAAUAAGCUGGGUGUCGUUAUGCGUUGGAUUUAUCCUGGCGUCAUUCGUGGUCGCCACGUCCUGGCACGUCGUUUUCGUCUGUUCUGCUCUGCUGGUAGGCUCCCUACUCCAGAUUUGUUGGCGCGCACACCGUGCGCAACAUCUCGCCGGCUCCAACCGUUGAUCAUCCCGGCGCGAUCCACGACCUCCUCCGAGGUCCCUGUCCGCGGCUGGACAAGGCGGUUCGCACCAAGACGGUUCUGGGCUAGCGGGCUUGGCGCCAGCAUUCUUGGCGCAAAGUCAGGUGUCUCACUAUCAAAAGACAAGAAGGUCAAUGUCUCUGGUUCACAGAUUGGAGUAUUUACGGAUUAUAUGCAAAAUACAAGCCAAUGCGAUACCAUAAGGGCAAGAAUGAGAGUUCACUUCAAAUCAUCCAGCUGCGGCACUGCCAGUACCCGACUUUACUCAAUUUUCCCAUACCUACUAACGAUAGAUGCGUGGGACACCCGGCAUUUCAGGGAGCAACAUGAACGGAAAGCAGAGCAAACGUUCAAACAAGCCACCUAACGUCUUUGGAGAGUGGCACAUUUCACAGCCAUAAUAAAGGACCUCUUCCACCAAGGAAAAGGAUACCUACCAAGGUUCGGAUACGUGCCCGAGUCAAAGUCCACCACUCAUUCAAAGU